AUGGAUAAAACUAAGAAAUCCAAAGUAGUUAUUUCGGAAAAUAAUUUAAGUGAACGCGACAUCGUAGUUUCGAAUGACAAACAACACAUCUGUGAUAUUUGUCAGGAGGAAUUUACCCUAGAAUCAAUCCAUGAGCGUUGCAAGGAUUACGACUUGAAAGUCUUCAAAAAUUACUUAUGUGACACCUGUGGAAAGAAAUUUGCAAGUAAGCAAAGUUUAGUCUUGCACAUGACAACAGUCCAUGAGGGUCGCAAAGAUUACAUAUGCAGCAUUUGUGAAAAGAAAUUUGGACGAAAAUCAGAUUUGCUAACCCACAUAAAAACGGUCCAUGAAAGCGGUCCACGAGGCUCGCAAAGACUACGCAUGCGACGAGUGUGA